AUGCCCGCCAUCAAGAGCAUCUUUCGAGGCUCAAACCACAACUCGCCCGCCAAUACAAAGGCCAGGCGCAACAGCAACCCGAGCGCCGCAGCAUCCGACGCAACCGAAACCGUAGCCUCGCCCUCGAUCCCCUCGAUCGACAUCAUCGACACCGCUAGCGCACCCGGACAUCUGGACCCCACCACAGCACCGGCGGCACCACCGUCGACAGCCUUGGACGACUCGACCCCACGGCUCCGCUCCGACAGGCAGCUCGACUCCGUCAACGCCUUUCCGCUCGUCGACGAGCCCGACUACUACCCACCUCCAACCUCGUCCGCCGCAUCCAAGGUCAGCAGCAUCCUUCCCGGCCGCCGCAGCAGCGCCGCCGCCACCACCUCGAGGAUGGGCCGACCCACCUCGGGCAACUCGCAGUGGACCGCCGAACCCACCUCUGGCAAAUCGUCCCGCAGAGGAUCCAAGACCAACCGCAGCGAAGACGGCCACGGUGGCAAGACCGAGGUGCUCAACCGCCAUGAGCUCAUGCGCCGCGCCAUGGCAGCCGCAAAAGACCCCCUCGACGACGACGACGACGACGACGACGACGACGUCGACGACGAGCAUGGUCGGCGCCGUGGCAACGGAGGCCUCAGCGACGACGAGGCCACGCCCAUCAGCACCACCGCGCCGGGUUUCGACGGCUUCCAGACGCAGACCGCCGCCGCCAGCGAUGGCCACGCCGCCCCAACGUCCAACGGCGCCGAAAGGCCAGCCAAUGGCUCAACCGCCCCCGGUCAUACGCAGUCCACCCGCGAAUUCCCCAGCCUGGUGGCUACCUCGACGCCCUCCAAGUCGUCGACCCUGCCCUCCAUCGUUACGCCCUCGCCCAUACGCGCCGAGAUGCCCCGGUCCGACUCUCUCGACGAUGCCCUCGUGGCCCAGCCCAUGUUCUCGCCCUCCUCUGGCCAGAGGCGCGGGUCCGAGAUGGCGCGGCCCGACAGCAGCGACGAGUUCGAGGGCACGCCGCCCGUCCGCUCCAAGACUUUCCACGACGUCGUCAGCAACAAUCACCUCAGCGCCGGCCCGCACAUGUCCAAGAGCAUGUCGGCCAGCAACUUUGACGGCGGCCAGCGCGGAAACGGCACUGGCAAGCUGGAGGCCCCCAGCUCGCCGCUGCUCAAGCCCGGCCGGCUCGCGCGGCUGCGCAAAAACAGCACCGACGGCGGGGCCAGCAAGACAUCCAAGAAGGCCGCCGUCAACGGACCCGCGGGCGGCAUCGCGGGGGCGCUUGCGGCCAGCGGCAUGACGGGCAUCGGUAUCGGCCAGGCUGCAGCGGCGUCACACCACGCCGCCAACACGCUGCUGCCCGGCCCUCCGGCCUACGGCGAUGCCGGGCGCUCAUACCCCUCCACCGCCUCGUUCUCCUCGCCCAACACCGCUGCCUCGAACGGCGGAGCUGCGCCGGACCAGUCGGUGCGCCCCUUUCCGGCCAACGAGGACGCCGGUUACCAGGGCGGCAUGUACCGCGAUCCGUCGACGGGUACCGUGGUCGAAAAGUAUGGCGACGACCGCGCAGGGCCCUACCGACCCCCGCUGCGGCCUGGCAGAGACCGCAGCGUCAGCAGCCUUGUGUCGUACGACGGCUCGGUCGCAUCUGAGCGCUCGUCGGCGAGCGGGUUGGGCGCCGCGGCAGGCUUCGGAGCUGCCUCUGCAGCGCUGCUGGCCCCGAUUGGCGCUACGCUGCCCGCUCCACACGGCCAGGGCUCGAACUAUGGCGGCAGUGGUGGUGGAAUUGGCGGAGGCGGCAAUGGUGGUGGCAGCGGGGGCUUUGGCGGUAGUCACGAUGGCGGUGGAGGCAGCGCAGGGCUGGGCGACGGGGUCAGUGCUUCGGGCAGCGGCCCCUCGAUCGACACUGACGCCUGGUCCUCGGAGGACAUGGGCCAGCAGAUCACGGGCUUCGCCGUCGCCUCGUCGAAGCGCAACAAGGACUUCCACCAGCUCUUUCCCCAGGUGCCCGAGGACGACUACCUGAUUGAGGACUACGGCUGCGCGUUGUCGCGCGAGAUUCUCAUCCACGGUCGGCUCUACAUCUCGGAGAACUUUAUCGCCUUCAACGCAAACAUCUUCGGCUGGGUGACGAACCUCGUGGUGCCCUUUUCCGACAUUGUCGCCAUCGAGAAGCGGAUGACGGCCUUCGUGAUCCCCAACGCCAUCCAGCUGGCGACGAUCAACUCGAAGCACACCUUUGUGUCAUUCCUCUCGCGCGAUACGACCUACGACCUCAUCGUCAACAUCUGGCGCCUCUCGCACCCCGGUCUGCCCGCCAGCGCCGCCGAGCAGGCUGCCGAGCUGAGCGACGAGUACUCGGAGGACGACGACGGCGGCGACGGCGCCACGGCCGUCGACAAGUCCGAGUCCGUCGACGGCCACGGCCAGGUCAAGGCCAGCAAGCCCUCGAAACGCGCGCGACUCAAGCGCAAAUUCAAGGGCACCAAGAACGGCAUCCGCGACGAGAACCUGGCUGCCGCGGUGGCGGCGGCGGGCGGACCCGCUUCGGCGGCAUCGGCUGCCAACGCCAACUCGGCGGCCGCCAAGGCCAUCUCGCCGCUCAUCACGCCGAGUCGGUCGCCCGCCCCCGGUGCCAAGCGGGCACCGCACCGCAAGACGAGCUGCCCGUGCGAGGACAACAAGGAGCACUACUCGACCGUCGUGCUCGACACCACCUAUCCCGCCGUUCCUGAAAAGAUCUACAACCUCCUUUUUACCACGGGCUUCAUGAAGGACUUCUGGACCGACAACCAGAAGCUUUUCGAGCUGCAAAUCUCCGAGUGGUCGCCGUGCUCGAGCAACAACAACAUGCUGUCGCGCAACGUGUCCUACAUCAAGCCGCUGACGGGCUCCUUUGGCCCCAAGCAGACAAAGUGCCACCUGAGCGACGAAAACAUGCACGUCGACUUUGACAACUACGUCACCACCCUGACCACAACGCGGACGCCAGACGUUCCGUCGGGUGGCAGCUUCAGCGUCAAGACGCGCACCUGCAUCACCUGGGCUGGCGGCGGCAACGUCAGCCGGGUCUAUGUCACCUGCGGCGUCGAGUGGACGGGGCGUAGCAUGAUCAAGGGCAUCAUCGAAAAAGCGUGCAUCGACGGCCAGAAGCAGUACUACAGCGACCUGGACAGCUCGGUGCGCGACUACCUCACCGAGCACACAAGCGAGUUCAAAGAGGAGGGCGACGACGCCAAGGCCGUCGAGGAGAUUGCGCGCGCCGCCACGCCAGCCGUCGGAGUCGGCUCCAAGCAGCGGGCCGGCGAUGGAGGACGAGGCGGGGACGAGUCCAAAGGCGGCGGCCACAGUGGCAGCGGCGGAGGCGGCGCCUCCUCGUCGGCCGCGGGCGGCAGCGGUGGCUCUGGAGGCGCCGGCGGCCUGCUCGACACCCUCACAUCGACGGCGAGCGAUGCUGCGUCGAUGCUCUUUGACCUGGUGUCGUCGGCCGUCGAGGGUGUCUCGUCGCUUUUCACCGGCGGCGCCGACGGCGGGCCCAACGUCAAGAUGCUGGUGCUGUCGAGCAUCGUGGCGCUGCUGGUGCUGUCGAACCUGUGGACGUGGCGCAGCUCUGCCGCGGUAUUAUGCGGGGGGCCGGGCCCCUCGAUGGCCCACGGCGGCGGCGGUGGCGCUGCGGGCGAAGAGGUGGCGAGGGCGGUGCGCGAGGUGCUCAAGGACUUUCUGCAGCCAAAUGUGGCGGCGCAGCAAUCCGAAGUCAAAGCUGUCGAUGGCGGCAGCUCGGCGCCGCUGGACCACGAGGCAAUCCGCAAGCUGCUCGACGAGGCAGAGGAAAGGGUGCAGCGCCUCAAGCGCGAGGUAGAGGCGCUCGAAGGGUGGAAGAAGACGAUCGAGGGCGACGGAGCAAACGACGGCGCCAAAGGUGAGACCAAGGGCAAGGACAAGGGCAAGGACGGCAAGGCGACGGGCAAGCAGGAGCUCUGA